AUGUACAACUUGCUCCAGAGAGACGGGAAACUCAGAAGGAGUGGGAGGGGAUGGCCAGCAGCCUGGAUCCCUGCCCUUGCAGUACUCAGGAUGCCUGGUAACCUGGAGACAGUGACCCGGACCCUGUUCCUACUCCUCUUUGCCCCUGGCUGGGUAGAAUCACAGGCCUGCACGUUCCCAUGCCAGUGUCCCUCCCAACCUCUGCAGUGCCCUGCGGGUACCAGCCACGUGUGGGAUGCCUGUGGCUGCUGCAAGGUGUGUGCCCAGCAGCUGGGUGAGCUCUGCUCCUUGCACAGGCCCUGUGACCAUCACAAGGGACUCUACUGUGACUUCUCAAAAAUCAACAGAGGCAGUGGGAUCUGCUUAGCUCAUGAGGGUGCGACAUGUGACCUGCUGGGCAAGAUCUACCUCAACGGGGAGAGCUUCCAGCCCAUGUGCAAGCUGCAGUGCAUCUGCAUGGACGGGGCCAUCGGCUGCAUCCCACUCUGCUCUGAUGACCUUCGCCUGCCGUCCCCAGAGUGCCCCAACCCCCGGAGGGUGAAGUUCCACAACAAGUGCUGUGAGGAGUGGGUGUGUGAGGAGGGCAGCAAUGAUAACCGCUUUGGAACAGCCAUGGCAGUUUUCAGGGAGGAUCCAGCUCACGAGCCGGAGCUGAACAACCUGCAGGAGAACUGCCUGGUGCAGACCACGGAGUGGAGCACGUGCUCCCGGAGCUGUGGAAUGGGCAUCUCCACCCGUGUGACCAACAACAACCCCCAGUGCCGCCUGGAGAAGGAGACCCGGCUCUGCAUGGUCCGGCCCUGCAACUUCUCCAUGGAAAAAACCAAGAAGGAGAAGAAGUGUGUGCAGACCCCAAAGCAGCGCCAGAGCCUCCACUUUGAGUUUUCGGGAUGCACCAGCACUCGCUCCUACCGGCCCCGGUUCUGCGGCAGCUGCUGGGAUGGGCGCUGCUGCACCCCGUUCCUGACCAGCACCGUGGACGUGGAGUUCCGCUGCCCCGAGGGGGACUUCUUCCAGAGGAAGAUGAUGUUCAUCAAGAUGUGCUCCUGCCACUACGACUGCUCCCGAGACAAUGACAUCUUCCUGGCCACGUAUCGCCGUUGGAUGAUUGGAGACCACGUCAAGAUUGAGCCGCAAUAGCCUUGUAUUGCCAGAUCUGAGGUGUGCAGGAGGACGCUGCAGUGCUUUUGUGGCUGUGUCCUGGCCAGUGCAGCCUCUUCCCUUUCUGUGCCUUCCACAGCAGCACCGUUCACACCAGUGGUCCCUGUGGUUUUCCCAACGAGCUGAGGGAGGAGCCCCAGCUGCCCCAGCCCCCUGACCCCCACCCACAGUGGUGCAAAGGAACCAGGAACAGGCUUGAGCUGCAAACUUGAUCCGUAUUCCCACUGGCCAGAAGGGAGAGUGGAUCAAAGUCAUGUGGCUGCUGCCUGUCUCCAGCCCAGAGCACAAUUCCUGAUUCAGAUUCUGAGAAUUCUUCCAGCAUUAACUGGGGGUGGACCAGGCUGCCAGACCUGUGUCCCCUGAAGGUGCUGCUCUGGGCAGCUUUUAGUGCCUUGAUGAACAUUUCAUAGAACCAUAGAGUGGUUUGGGUUGAAAAGCACUUUAAAGCUCACCUCUUUUCAACCCCCUGCCAUGGACAGGGACACCUUCCACUAACCCAGGCUGCCCCAAGCCCUGUACAAUCUGGCCUUGGACACUUCAGGGAUGGGGCAGCCACAGCUUCUCUUGGCAAUGUGCCAGGGCUUCACCAGCCUCACAGGAAGGAACUUCUUCCUAAUCUUGUCAGAAAUGGCUCUGGAGUGAGAGAGGGACUGAACCCCACAAGCUCACACACGCACAGUGAGCCUGCAAUUGUUUCAGCUCUGGAGUCUUUGCUCUGGAUGUUUGUAAGUAGGAGGAACACUGUUCAGCUCCAGUCUCCCUGGAGAUUUUAAGGUACUGGCAAGAGAAAUUCUCCUAUUUGUAAAUGGAGCAGAUCCCAUCUGGAGUUACUGGGGCAAUGCCAUGGGGAGCUGUUGGCACAGGUGUCUCCAGCAGUGGGAUUUCCUCCUGGCCACAGACCUGGGAGAGUCUCUCUGCCAGGAGAGGACCCCAUUGCCAGCCCAUAGCUCCAGGAAAGGCCACCAGCAGCCAGUGCCAGUGGUAUGUCCAGCAGCACAUUGGCAGCUUUGUGGGACUGCUAAGGUCUUGUCAGGUGUGGAAAAAUCUUCUGAUUUUUAGCAGAAACAUCCAGGUACAGGACCUGAUGCUGGUUCUUAAGUCAUCCUUGGCUAUCACCAUUGGAAGUCAUGAAGAAUUUCUGUUCCAGCCAGGCAGGAGCAGUAGCCCUAAGGCUCCACCUCACCAUAUCUUCCUACCCCAAAUUAGAGCCUCAUGCCAAGGGACAUUCCCAGCUGUCCCCACCGCUGCCCUGAAUUUGCAGACUGCUGACACACCAGUUUCAUCCCAGCCUCUGUUCUUUCUCUCAGCCUGCAGCAGCUCAUGAGUCUUCACCCUACUGUAAUCAAUUUGAACUGUAAAUAAUUUAUCUGAUGUUGUUUAUAAGGCCUUUGUACAGACCCAGGAUCCUAUUGGUACAGCCCUGCUCAGGCUGUUACCCCUCUCUGAGCGUCUCUCCUGUCAUUCAUACAGUUGCUGAGUCUCAAACCAUCCUGAGGUUGCACUUUACUCAAUGCUAAUAAAUAUCGCUAUUUUUUAUA